AUGAUGAUGAGCAAUAUUUCUGCGGUUUGUUUUCAGGGAGUAUUUGAUAGUUCUGGAAAAGAGAAAAGGUUGCGAGGAUAUAUCAAGAGCAAGGUUACAGAGAAACGUUGGUGUCUAAUGGUUUCUGAUAGGCAUCUCUUUUAUGUUUCAGGACCAUCACAUCUAACUUCUAUUGACUGGAAGAACACUGAUCAUCAGAGGUCUGUUGCUGCCAGUUUGGUUCAGGGUGUCAAAGUUCUUGAGGUGGACCAUCAAGAGAAGCGUAAAGGGCACGAGGCCUUGGCUCCUCCUUGGUGGGAGUUCUUCCAUUUUGAGUUGGUUCGUCCACUUGUUGAUGAUGACAGUUGGUCCAUCUUCGGUGCCAUUUAUGAACUUAAACCUCCUCACUCUUCUCUUGGCACAGAACAUUCAGUAUUGGAAGAUGAAAACAGCCCUCAUUUUGUUAUUGCCUUCCGUGGCACCUUAACCAUGUAUGACCUGGUCUCACGAGAUCUUAACUUGUCCCUCAAGUUAAUCAAAAAUAGACUUCACAAGACAUCUCGCUUUGAGACUGCUAUGCAGGCAAUCCGAGCUACAGUUGGGGAUGCUGGCGAUUCAUCAAGCGUUUGGUUAGCUGGCCAUUCCAUGGGUUCAGUAUUGGCAAUGCUUGCUGGAAAAACAAUGGCCAAGGAUGGAAUUUUCCUCAAAUCUUUUCUCUUCAACCAACCAUUUGUUUUCGUUGCCCCAAUGGAGAGGAUCAAGCAGGAGAAUGUCAAGCUAGGCAUUCGCUUUGCUCGGAGUGUAUUCACUGCAGGACUCGCUAAAGCUGUGAAUCCAACCUGGCCAGAACAAGAAGAUCCAUUUUUUGGUCUGUAUGAAUGGGUUCCUAAUGUAUUUGUGAAUCAAGGCGAUGACUUCUGCUCUGGAUAUAUUGGUUAUUUUGAACAUAGAAAGAAGAUGGUGGAGAUUGGAGCAGGAGGCAUUGAGAGGUUAGCAACCCAGAAUUCAAUUGGGAGUUUAUUAAGGUAUGCAGUAGGAAAGGAGACAGAGCCACCAAUGCACCUCAUUCCUUGUGCAGAUCUCACAGUCAAUAUGACACCUUCAAGGGAUUUCAAAGAAGCCCAUGGAAUUCGACAAUGGUGGAGAGAGAAUCAGAACUUGAAGUCUGAGACUUACAGAUACAGAUAACACUUCCGGGUUUGUUCUAUUGAUUAUAGUUUUUGAGUAGUGAACCAGCCUCAAGCAUGUCCAUUAGUCCAGACCAAAUGCUAGGCAUAGAUGAACAUGUUUUGAUUCAAAAGCUCUGAUGUACUUCAUUGGCCCCUAGUAAAAAGUGAAUGCUUGCUUC